AUGGCGUCCUCCUUCCUCGAGCGAGCUUCGUCCAACUCGCGCGUCCAGCUCGCAGCGACAGCCAUUGUGUCCGGCGCCGUAGCUGCCAGCGCAGUCCUCGGAUACCAGCGCCUGCGCCGGGAAGAGCGCAUCCACGAGCUGAAGGAUUCGAUACCGUCACAGGAUGACGAGGGCGAGGAAGCUCUACGACGGCUCAACAGCUUCGGCGGCUCGUCCUCGAACGCCGACAAGGAAGACCUGCGCAACGAGAUCCUGGCGCGUCGCGCCCAGGCCGGCGACUACGACGACGAGCUCAUACUGGAGCAGCUGGCGCGCAACCGCGUGUUCCUGACGCCCGCGGGCCUCGACAAGCUGCGCUCUGCCUUCGUCGUCGUCGUGGGGUGCGGCGGCGUGGGCUCGCACUGCGCGGCCGCCCUGGCGCGGUCGGGCGUCUCGCGCAUCCGCCUCGUCGACUUCGACCAGGUGACGCUGAGCUCGCUGAACCGCCACGCCGUCGCCACGCUCGCCGACGUCGGCAUCCCCAAGGUCCAGUGCCUGCGCCGGCGCCUGCUGGCCGUCGUGCCCUGGGUGCGCUUCGACCUGCGCCAGGAGAAGUACUGGGACGAGGCCGCGGACCGCCUGCUGGAGCCGUGGAAGGACGACGACGACGACGACGGGCGGAAGCCGGAUUAUGUGGUGGAUGCCAUCGACAAUAUCGACACCAAGGUAUCGCUGCUGAAGUACUGCCACGAUCACGACCUGCCGGUCAUAUCGGCCAUGGGCGCCGGGUGCAAGAGCGAUCCCACGCGCAUUAUCGUGGGCGAUAUCGGGACGGGCACAGACGACAGGCUGUCGCGGUCCACGCGCCGGAGGUUGAAACUCCUGGGGAUCACUAAGGGGAUACCUACGGUGUACUCUACGGAGAAGACGGGCGAGGGCAAGGCGGAGCUGUUACCACUGCCCGAGGAUGAGUUCCAGAAGGGCCAGGUUGGCGAUCUCGGUGUCCUGCCGGAUUUCCGCGUACGGAUAUUGCCGGUCUUGGGAACGAUGCCUGCCGUGUUUGGGUACACGGUCGCAAACCAUGUCAUACUCUCCAUCACCGGAUACCCCCACGACUACCUACCCGCCAAAGGCCGCGAGAAGGUGUACGAAGGCCUCGUAGCCGCCGUGCAAGGAAACGAAGAGAAGCUCCUGCGGUACAUGACCGGCGGCGACCCCAGCAUCACCGUCGGCCUGAAGGUCCCCGUCACGACGAGCGACAUGGCCUUCCUAGCCGAGGAGAUCUUCAAGGGUCAGAGCGCCAUCACGGGGCUCACGACCCGCCUGACGGUGCUUCGGUGGCGGAAACCGACCGCCUCGACGCUGGUCAGGAUCGGCGAGCCGCCCGACGAGCAGAAGUCGUCGAACGUGAAGUUGGAGGAUCUUGUGAUCAUGACCAAGGAGGAGGGCCUGAGGCAUGAUAAGGAGGUGCUACGUGGGGAUAAGAGGCCUGAGGAUUUGUACGAUGCUAAGACUGUGGAGAAAGUCGAGGCGCUGCUUAGAGAGACUGCCAAGUACGAGAAAUAUAGGUAG